AUGCCAUACCUUCUCUACAGCCUGACUUUCAUGGUCCUCGUCACCGGCACGGCCCUGUACCUGACGCGCGCCCACUGGCUGCACCUGAUGCCCAACGUGAACAACAUGCAGCACCUGUACUCGCGGCUUCCGGGGUCCUUCGCCGGCGACAUGGAGGCCGGCCUCUCGAGCAGCACCUUCGACCUCGGCGGGAAUGUCGACGCCGGCGACGCGCGCGCGGGGCUCGACGACGCCGCCAAGACGGAGAUCCUGAAGAUCAUGAAGAAGCGCCGCGUACGGUUCGACGAGGCCCGCCGCCUCUACAUGGAGCAGCGCUUCAGUGCGAACGGCAUCGCGGCGGAUGGACGGCCGCGGGAUCCCAAGUUUGUCAGUUUUUCGUGA